AUGUCCCUCCCUUGUGUUUUCGAUAACAGGCUACUCUUUGUGCUAUCUGAACUCCACAAUAAAUCCAGUCCUCUACGCACUCUGCAACGAGACAUUUCGACAGACCUUCCUGCGGAUUCUCACCUUCGGGCUCGUUCCUCUUCACUCCAGACGUCAGGCCGUGGCAACGCUAGCCACGGUGCCCCCAAGUGGUAUCCAUUAUGGGGGAGUAAACAGUUCCCUAGGCCCGCUCAGCACCACCGUUGGCGAGUCGCAACAGACCGUCGGUUCAACUGA